CUGUGUCCUCUUACGGCACAUAGGAAAAACACGAUAAAAUCCACUGUGUGAUCUAUAGGUCACUAUAACCUCAAAAAAUUGCAUUAUGCAUAAUCAAUCAGUGAGAAGUAACCUUUGAACAUAAUAUAAGUUUAAAGUAUUAUCAUCGUAUUCUUAUUUAUUUAUUGCCACUAUUAGAAUGGCAAUUAUGAAAAUAUUAUUACGACCAGACAUCGUAAGAUUCACGGGGGUCAGACAUCUAAGUAUUAAACCAAAAUUUGGUUUACUUUUUGAUAUUGAUGGUGUAUUAGUACGUGGCAAAAAAGUAUUACCACCUGUAUCAGAAGCUUUUAAACAACUGCAAGGAAAAGAUGGCAAAUUCCGUGUACCAACUGUAUUUGUUACUAACAGUGGAAACGCAUUGCGUAGUCAAAAGGCAGCAGAUUUAUCUAAAUGGAUAGGAUUUGAAGUAAAAGAAUCACAAGUUGUUAUGGCUCAUUCACCAUUAAAAUUAUUUAAUCAAUUUCAUAAUAAACAAGUACUAAUAUCUGGUCAAGGACCAAUCAAAGUAGCUAAGGAAUUGGGUUUUCAAAAAACAAUAACUAUUCAAGAAUUAGUGCAAAAUUUUCCUUGUUUAGAUUAUGUAAAUAUGGAAAAGAGAAAUCCAAUAUGUGGUCCUGUGGAUCCCAAGUUUCCUAGAAUAGAAGCCAUUGUAUUAUUUAGUGAACCCGUUUCUUGGGAAACCCCAUUACAACUUAUAAUAGAUCUUUUAAUGACUAAUGGCAUGCCUACUGGUUUGCUUGACGAUAUUCCAUAUCCACACAUUCCAAUCUUGGCAUGUAAUAUGGAUUUAUUAUGGGUAUCAGAAGCACCGAUUCCUAGAUAUGGUCAUGGUACUUUUCUACUUUGUUUAGAAUCAUUAUAUAAAAAGAUUACAGGAAAAGAUAUGAUAUAUUCUGCUCUAAUCGGAAAACCUAGUGAAGUAACAUAUUAUCAUGCAAAUUAUAUGCUUCAUGAACAUGCUAAAAGUAUUGGUAUAGAUAAUGUUAACACCAUAUAUGCUAUUGGAGAUAACAUCAACACUGAUAUUUUUGGUGCAAAUUUGUACGAUAAAUAUUUAUCUUAUUGUGCAAAAGAGGAUGCAUUAAAAUCUGAUAAAUUGAAGAAAUUACUUGACAAGGAUAUCAAACCACCCAAUGCAAAAGCUUGUAUUAGUAUUUUAGUUGAAACUGGUGUUCAUCAACGAGAUUCUGAUUUUAUAUCUGAGCAUAGUCCUAGAGACUUCUUACCAGUUGAAGAUGGUCUUGGCAAGCCUGCAUUCAUAGUAAAACACGUUGGCGAAGCUAUUAACGUCGCGUUUAAGGAAGAAAAAUUUGACUGAAUUGAUAUAAUGCUAUAGAACAUCUUUUUAGACUUGGACUGUUCAUCCUAAUAUUGAUUAAGAUAAAAAGAAGAGAUGUAAGAAAUUAUAUAUAUCAUUGCUAAAUAUCACGUAAGUAUCAUGUUAAUUCGAUAGCCUUUUUUUGGAGGCAAGAACAUUGAAAAAUAGGAUUACUGUAACUAAUUGCUUAAGAUACUUUAUUUGGCGCUUUUUUUUUUUAAUCAUUUUCAUUAAUAUUUUUAUUUGAUAUUUUAUUAAAGAAGAAAAAGAAAAUAUUAUAUUUACAGUAAUCUUUACUAA